GCUCGACGCGCGCUGCCUGGCGCCGCCCGGGCCGCCGCCGCCAUGGCCACGGAAGACGAGAUCAUUCGCAUCGCCAAGAAGAUGGACAAGAUGGUGCAGAAGAAGAACGCGGCUGGAGCUCUUGAUUUGUUGAAGGAGCUUAAGAAUAUUCCCAUGACCCUUGAGUUACUACAGUCUACUAGAAUUGGAAUGUCAGUGAAUGCAAUACGCAAGCAAAGCACAGAUGAAGAGGUUACAUCUUUAGCAAAAUCCCUUAUCAAGUCUUGGAAGAAGCUGUUAGAUGGACCUUCAACUGAUAAAGAUUCUGAAGAAAAGAAAAAGGAGCCUGCAUCUUCCUCACAAAACAGCCCUGAAGCCAGAGAAGAAAGCAGUUCAAGUAGCAAUUCCAGCAGCAGGAAGGAGGAGGGUAGUGCUCCCUCAAAUUCUUUCAUCCCUUCUUUUCCCCGGGCUCCAAGCACUUCAGACUCUGUACGAGUGAAAUGUAGAGAAAUGCUCUCUGCAGCUCUCAGAACAGGAGAUGAUUACAUUGCUAUUGGUGCUGAUGAAGAAGAGCUGGGUUCUCAGAUUGAAGAAGCUAUUUUUCAAGAAUUAAAAAACACUGAUAUGAAAUACAAAAAUAGGGUACGAAGUAGGAUAGCGAAUCUCAAGGAUGCAAAGAACCCUAACCUAAGGAAAAAUGUAUUAUGUGGAAACAUUCCUCCUGACAAGUUUGCCAAAAUGACAGCGGAGGAAAUGGCAAGUGAUGAGCUGAAAGAAAUGCGCAAAAAUCUGACCAAAGAAGCUAUCAGAGAGCACCAGAUGGCUAAAACAGGAGGUACCCAAACUGAUCUGUUUACAUGUGGCAAGUGCAAAAAGAAGAACUGUACAUACACCCAGGUUCAAACCCGCAGUGCUGAUGAACCCAUGACAACGUUUGUUGUCUGUAAUGAAUGUGGAAACAGAUGGAAGUUCUGUUAGACGAAGGAAUUGUCAAGACAUCUGGACCAGUAUGAACGAGGAUUUUGUAAUUAGCUUUAAAAACUAGGCUAAGCAUCUAGCUUCCUGCAAGUGAGAGGGUUUUUUGGUUUUUCUUUUCUUUUUAUUUCAAAGCAGCAUACAUGCCUCAAGUUAGCUUUUGUUUUGACACAGCCAUCAUUUCCUUAAAUGCCUUCCUGUAGCUGGUAGUCAGUAGGGCCAGGUUGCUCAAUUGUAUGGUGAAUUUUAAAAUAUUUUUUCAUUUUUAUAAGUAAGUUGACAUUAAACUUUUACCAGUUAAACAUUUUGGUAAUUGUCUUGGUUUUUUUCCAGCUAUGUGAAUAAUGUACUGGUUUUUUUGUGGUCUGAAAUAUACAUGCUCCUCAUGUGUGUAUUUUGCCUCUCCGUAUUUCCUCGGUUGUAAGAAUGAAAUUUGUUUCUCUCUGCUCUGUUCACUUUGCUUUGCAAACAGAAAAGGUAUAUAAGUUCCUCAUAACAUUAAACUCGGUUGUUAACUAAAACACAAUUUAAUUAACUCUCUAGUUUGUAUGUGCUCUUUCUGGACUAGGACUAAAUUUGCAGACAUGGGGUUUGAAUAUUAGUGGAUAUGAUGACCUCUUUUGCAAUGGUUGAUUAAGCUUGUUUAUGUAACCAGCUUUGAUCAAUGCAAUAUAUUUUAUUGCCCAAAGCAUGUAUUUUAUGUUCUAUCAGGAGGCAUUAUUUCUAAGAAUGUCUUAAAAUAGUGGUUAAAUCUGAUUUGAGUGUUCAGUCUUGCUUAAUGUGCUUGACAACCAACUUGGGUUUAGACUUUGUAAAUAAGCAAAGGCAUUAUGUUGUAGACUAUCCUACUAACACCAGCUAACCAAUUCAUCACACUAAACUGGCUGGGAAGGUGAUACUACACUCCUCUCAUUUAAAUGCCAUUGAUUUUGUUCAUGAAAUGGUUUUUGAGAUGUAGGGUAUCCAGUGUCAAUCAUAGACCUGCAAGUGGGAAUAAAUUAUUAAAGUUAUUAUCUUAUCCAUAUGAGAAAUUAUAUAAAUGCUGCUUUUUUAGAGUUUGCUCAUGUUUAGAAAUAUUUGCAAAUGUGUUUUCAAGGAAAAACAUGUCAACAUCUUUAGAAGAGGUUAAAUUCUUUCAUAAUAUCUAAUUUUAUAUUACUUAAUCUGCUGGAGUUUGGGGCUGAGGAGGUCUAUUUUGGCACUGUGUAAAUUAUUCAUGAGGGGAUGGGAAGGGUAUUCCCAGCUCCUGGAGAAUAAAUUCCUUGAAUGUAAUGGAAAACCAA